CUAACGAAGCUUUAACAACCGGGAACUCAACCCCAAUACCUUCCACUUGUACGUCCAAGUCAAUUGAGCGAUGGCUUCCAGAGUAUUAUUGCGGCAGGUCAGUAAAUUUAAUCCCAAGAAAGCAUACUUAACUGACAUUUCAAAGCGCAUUGCGCCUGUAGCAACUGGCGCAGCCUUGGUCGGAAUGGCUCUAUAUCCCCAGAGACCAUUACAUGCGGAAGCACCAGAUGUACGCAGCAACGUCCAUACCUUUUGUCGUAUCUUUCACUAAUUCGCGCAUUAUCUGUAGAGUAGAAAACCUAUCUAUGAUGACUCCGAGGACCUCCCUCCCCAAUCCACUCCAACUAUACCAUCAACUAAAUCCACGAACCCCGCGUCGAAGGAAACAUUGAGGAAACGUACUGGUCCAACGCCUACCGACAGACUCGCCGUACAAAUUGGAAAAAGUCGGCUAUUUCUGUAUGCACACGUUGUCGCGGCGGAGAACAAACUGAAUUCUAUGAUGGACUCUGUCCUUCAUCUUGAAAACAGCUUCACAUCCACGAUUGCAUCGCUUGCACCAUCCCAGCAGUCUGGGGAGAAGUUGAUGCCUGGGUCUAUCUACGUUUUGGUUGCCGCUAUGAGUGGCUCGAUAAUAUCUCGGAACAGAAACAUUGUACUAAGAGCUGCAGUGCCAUUCGCAGUCGGAAUUGGAGCAGGAUGGGCCGUCCUUCCCGUAACGAUGCGAAACAUUGCCAACCUAGCGUGGGAAUACGAGAAAAAAUUUCCAGUGAUUGCGGACUCACACAUUAGAACGAGGGAAAGUGUAGAGAACGUAUGGAGAAUGGCAAGAGUGCAUUCGAAGCAGGCCGUUGCAAUAGUGGAUGGGAAGGUCACUGAAGGCAGAGAGAAGGUUGAGGACUGGGUCAAGAAAGGAAAAUAGAGGAGUUGACAUUGUACGAUUGUUUCGGAUUUGAAGAAAGCGAAAACUAGGGUGACCUUGUACAAAUCCAUAAUAGGAGUUCGUUCUAUGCUACAGCUCAAAUUUUGCUCAGGUCUCCUCCAGUCACCUUUGCUGAAGGUUUAAAUAAACCCGAUUUGUGCAAGAUAGCAUGACCCACGAUGAUCCGCGAGCAGCUCGAGUCUCAACGGAGUUCGAUAUAUCCUAGUUCUGCUUCUGCUUUAUUGUUUUCAGUCAUCCGUCGAAACUGUUCUCUCCUCAAACAUCAAUCUAUACUUCUACCUGCUUCCGGCCAUUGAAUUUCCCCCUUCUUCUUUAUCCUAAUGCAUGUCGAAGAUUUUGUAGAGAAUGGUAGGGCCUCGAGGUGAGCUUGUUUUCAUAACUCGGUACGGAAACCGGCUGGUUCAAUUAGUAAGAUAUUUUAUCGCUUCGAAAUAGGGAGAUGGUAUGAUACAAGAAUGCCGUACCCACGGGGUCAGGAUUAGUAACUUAUGAGCCAUAU